CAGGGAGCGGCGGGGCGGCUCCUCCUUCUGCAUCUCCUGCUCUCCAGCCAUGGCUGUAAAAGACCCUACAGCUGUGGAAAGAGCCAAUUUACUCAACAUGGCUAAACUGAGUAUCAAAGGACUUAUUGAAUCAGCUUUGAGUUUUGGCCGCACUCUGGAUUCCGACUACCCUCCUUUGCAGCAGUUCUUCGUUGUCAUGGAGCACUGCCUGAAGCAUGGCCUUAAAGUAAGAAAAUCCUUUCUAAGCUACAAUAAAACUAUCUGGGGUCCUCUAGAACUUGUGGAGAAGUUAUAUCCAGAAGCUGAGGAAAUAGCAGCAAGUGUCAGAGAUUUACCUGGCCUCAAGACACCCCUGGGCCGUGCCCGUGCCUGGUUACGUUUAGCACUAAUGCAGAAGAAAAUGGCAGACUAUCUUYGCUGCUUAAUCAUUCAGAGGGAUCUUCUCAGUGAAUUUUAUGAGUAUCAUGCACUAAUGAUGGAGGAAGAAGGAGCAGUUAUUGUCGGGCUGUUAGUAGGAUUAAAUGUGAUAGAUGCUAACCUGUGUGUAAAGGGAGAAGACCUAGAUUCACAAGUGGGGGUGAUUGAUUUCUCUAUGUAUUUAAAGAGUGACGAAGACAUCGGGGGUAAAGAAAGAAAUGUCCAGAUUGCUGCAAUUUUGGACCAAAAGAAUUAUGUUGAAGAAUUAAACAGACAACUAAAUAGUACAGUUAACAGUCUACAUGCAAGAGUUGAUUCAUUAGAGAAAUCAAACACUAAACUAAUUGAAGAGUUAGCAAUAGCCAAAAACAAUAUAAUUAAACUUCAGGAAGAAAAUCAUCAAUUAAGGAGUGAAAAUACACUUAUUUUAAUGAAAACACAACACCAUCUAGAGGUAACUAAAGUGGAUGUUGAAGCAGAGCUUCAAACAUACAAACAGUCCAGACAGGGUCUAGAUGAAAUGUACAAUGAAGCACGUAGACAACUUCGAGAGGAAUCACAGCUUCGACAAGAUAUGGAGAACGAGCUAAUGGUUCAAGUUAGUAUGAAACAUGAGAUAGAACUUGCUAUGAAGUUGCUGGAGAAGGACAUCCAUGAGAAACAGGACACUCUCAUAGGCCUUCGACAGCAGCUUGAUGAAGUUAAAGCAAUUAACAUGGAAAUGUACCAAAAGCUGCAGGUUACUGAAGAUGCUAUGAAAGAAAAGAAUGAGAUAAUUAGUCGAUUAGAGGAUAAGACCAAUCAAAUUAAUGCAACUAUGAAACAACUAGAACAAAGAUUGCAGCAAGCAGAGAAGGCUCAAAUGGAAGCUGAGAGUGAGGAUGAGAAACUUAAAGAGGAAUAUGGGCAUAAAUCUGAACAACUGCAGAGAGAAUUCUCCCAGAAGGAGAAACAGCUGCUUCAGCUGGAAACAGAUUUGAAAAUAGAAAAAGAGUGGCGACAGACCUUAGAAGAUGAUCUUCACAAGGAAAAAGAAACUGUGUCUCAGCUCAGAAUAGAGACCCAGGAAAUAGUUAACCUUAAAAAAGAUUUCCUUAAACUUCAGGAGAAGAACAGACAGCUGAAAAACAUAUGUCAAGACCAAGAAGCAGCUCUCCAAGACCUGGCAUCCAAGCUUAGCGAAUCAAAAAUGAAAAUAGAAGAUAUAAAAGAAGCAAACAGAGUGUUGCAGGGACAGGUUUGGUUGAAGGACAAAGAAGCUACACACUGCAAGUUAUGUGAAAAGGAGUUUUCACUUUCCAAAAGGAAGCAUCAUUGCAGAAACUGUGGUGAGAUCUUCUGUAAUGCCUGCUCUGACAACGAGCUGCCCCUGCCUUCCUCGCCAAAGCCCGUUCGCGUCUGCGACUCCUGCCACGCGAUACUUAUACAGAGGUGCUCUUUUAAUGUGCCAUAAAAUCCUUUUACAAAAUAUUUACCAACUAUUCCUGUUUAGCUAAUUAAAAAAAAUCAAGUAAAAAUGUAUCUAGAGCUACUUCUGGAAUUUCAGGUAAGCAGUCUAGAGUUGUAUUUUCAAGGUACUGUGAAGGAGUUAAAUGUUUGUUUCCUGUUGGAACAAAUGGAGAAAAUGGGACUUAAUCAUCUGUUUGGUUCCUGAAAGGAGGAGUAUCUGUAACUUAAAUAACACAAUUAAUGCAGGUUGUCCAUUAAGCUUUUCCUAAUUAUAUCUGUUUCUGCAUCGCAUCAUUUCAAGAUCUGAUAUAUUGAGUAUUGCACUGGCAUCUUUGUUUUCUGUAGUCACGGAUGGAAGGAGAUUGUAUCAGAUAGGUAAGAAACAAUUAUCAAUAGAUAAAAGAUGUAUUUUUUGGAAUUGUUUUGUAAAAAUAUAAAUAGGACAUAUACAGAUUUCUGCAAAGAGAGUAAUGUCCAUCAGAGUUUUUGCCUUAUGUUWUCUGUAAUCUCAGUUGUCUUUUCAUUAAUUCCAUGUAGAUGUGUUUGAUUUUUUUAGCUUAUAUGUGCAGUUGUAAUGUGCUGACAAAUUUGGCUCUAGAAGCUGAGUGCCAAGAGACACUAGGAUUGAAUAGCAGGGACUACAGAUCCUUUUUCUGUGCUUGUGUUGGCCAGUAAKGUUCGGCCACCUUUUGUCACCAUUUUUCUCAGUCUGACAGAGUUCAUUUCUGAACAAUAGUUUUAAAAAAUUAUUUUCCAGAGUGCUUUUGAGUAGGCAGGGCUAGUUCUGACAUAUUUUGUCACUCUUACGUUGAGGUUUCACAGUAACUUCUGCUGGAACUCGCAUCCUUAUUCUUCCAAUAGGCAAAAAUAUAUAUCCUUGAAUAAACUGUGUUUAGGAGUGACUUCACUUUGUUGCACUAGAAUGAAUCUUCCUUCUUAUGUGGUUGGGUCCGACAAUGGAAUCUCCUGGCUCUAAUGUGUACUGGUUAGCAGCAAGCAGACUUGCCUGCCCAAAUCGUUCCUUCACCCCUUUAUUUCUU